AUGAACACAAAAGAAAUAACUCAAUUUAUACGAUUUCCUCAUGAAUCAAAAGAUGAUAUUAAAUUACAAAUGUAUAAAGAAUUUGACCAAUCAGUAUUUAAUCAAUUAAUUAAUAGUUAUAAAAGAAGUGAAUUUUAUGAUAUAAUUGAAAAGAGAACAUUUAUUUAUUUCACUAUUUUAAAAAAAUAUCAAUUACCAAUGGAAAAUGAAGAUUUAAUGAGAGUUCAGGUUUACAAAGAAUUAAUUCACUUAAUUUCAGAAAAUUUACCAUUAACAACUAUUAAAGAAAUUCAACUUGAUUACUUAUCUUACUAUUAUUUUUAUUUAACAUUUCAUUCAAGAAAAGAUAUAUUUGACAAUAUUGAAAGUAUUAUCUUUCUUCAUAGGUUAUAUCUUACAUCUCCAUUUAAUCAUUUUUCUCUUUUACAAUGUAAAAGUAUAAUUCAAACUUCAUCAAUACCAUUAGUUGAAGUACCAUUUCAAAAAAUUUCACAGUUACUUCCUCUUUAUAAAUAUAGAUUAAAGAAUGGAUAUUUAUUAAUUCCGUCUAAUGAACUUAUCUAUGGAUGUUUUAUCUAUUGUAUUUUUAAUCCUUUAAAACAACCAAAAUUUAUUGAUUUAUUAAUUCUCAGAGAUGAACCUCCAUUUCUUCUUCAACCUUUAUUAUCUGUUUUACCAAAAACAAAACAGCAAACAAUACUUAAUAAUAAUAGAGAACUUUCUGUAGUUUUAUCAAAGUUACCUGCAUGUAUGUAUCAUAUUCAUUCAUUGUCUUCUGGUAAAUACCAAAUGAAAUAUGAUACAAGAAGACAAAUUGUUAUUUUUUUAAAGAAUGCAGGAGUUGAUGCAAAUGUUUGUAUGGAAUAUAUGAGACAACGAGUUGAUUUAAUGAGAGGAAAAGAAAAGAAACAAUUAGAAUAUUUUGUUCAACAUUGUUAUGGAUUAAAAGGAAGUCAUAUCAAUUUUAGUCCUGAAAAAUGUAAAUCAAUACAACAAAUGAAUAUUAAACCAGGAGAGGCAUGUGGUUGUAUUUUCAAUUCAAAACAAUAUAAAGAAGCAGAUAGAAUAAAAUGGCUAAAAGACUAUAUGAAUUAUUUAAAUAUCCCAGUUAAUUUUCAGUUAGCUCUUUUACAAAAAUUUUUUUCACUCUCACCAAAUCAGUGUUGUUCUGAGUUAUUAAAGUAUAGUUGUUCUUCUGUUGAUGUGGAUAUUGAAGAUAUUUCAUAUCCUAAUUGGUUUCUUCAAGAAAAGGAAAAACUUGAUCAUUUGUCUGUUCUUUCUCAAAUCCCUGUAUGUUCUCAACAAUCGAAGUGUUAUCAAUGA